GGAAACAAAAUUAGGAAGAUCUGAUUUGCUUUUGGGGGGGAUUACUUUCUUGGGAAAAAAGGCAUCGUGGCAGUAAUGCCCCAUUCGUCUGUGAGACAAACCAGCCACAUGAAAAGGGGAUGAAGAAAAACCACUCAGUGUACUCUCUGUCCACUGGGAUAAAAUUUUAAUGGAUAAAAAGCAUCAGGUUUUUUGCUUAAUGAAGAAUCCCAGUUUUCAAAUCCCAUUUAUUGUGUAAAUACAAAAGUAUUUCCACUCAGUAGCCUGAUUUUUAUAAUUUUACCAUGGCCUUUUAGUCAAGCAGGUUUUUAAUUCAGAGGUGUUGUGUUGCAGGGAAUGUUUUGCUCUCUGUGAAAGUGAGAGAGAGCUUCAAGACUGAAGACAUCAAAAUGCUAUUGCACACUAUCAUUGAUUUUUGUGUGUGUGUACAAUUAGCUUAAGGUAUUAAUAUAAAAAGUAGGUAGCUGCAUCUAAUGAUUUUUUUGGAGUAAUCUGAACCAUCUGCCUCUAGAUAUUAAGGAGUUCACUCUUUAAUCCAGAUUAUGGCUGACAAACUGGUUUUGGCAUUCACGUUUCACUAGCACUGUGCCCUUGAAGAGCUGAUGUGGCUGUAGAAACUCUCUUGCUUACAACUGUUGGUUUUAAAAGCAUUUUUGGUUUGGCUUUCUCAUAGUUGUUUGCUUAUAGCUCCUUUUUUUUUUUUUGAGAAGAUGGCCUUUCUAAUGAAAAGUAUGUUGAGCAACCAGGUAAAGAAUUUGGGACUUGGAGGUGGAGGGGAAGAAAGCAAAGAAGAAAGCACUCCUUCUGACCCAGCAGCAGCUGCAGGAAUGACCAGAGAGGAGUAUGAGGAAUAUCAAAAGCAAAUGGUUGAGGAGAAGAUGGAAAGAGAUGCAGCAUUUGCACAGAAAAAAGCAGAGCGAGCCUGUCUGAGGGUUCACCUGAGAGAAAAGUACAGACUCCCCAAGAGUGAAUUGGAUGAGAAUCAAAUACAGAUGGCUGGAGACGACGUGGGUUUGCCAGAAGACCUGCAGAAGAUGGUGGCACAAGAUCAGGAGGAGGAAGAGGACAAGGACUCCAUCCUGGGACAGCUGCAGAACAUCCAGAAUAUGGACAUGGAUCAGAUCAAAGAAAAGGCACAAGCCACCUUCACUGAAAUGAAGCAGGCGGCCGAGCAGAAAUGUGCUGUCAUGUAGGAGAGCCACCACCACCCAAGGGCUGUGA